AUGCUUGUAGACUUCUUUGUGGAAAGGAAAAGAAUUUCCUUUGGUGGGUGCAUUACACAGCUCUUCUUCUUGCACUUCGUUGGGGCCUCCGAGAUGUUCCUGCUCACAGUAAUGGCCUUUGACCGCUAUGCUGCUAUCUGCCGCCCUCUCCACUAUGCUACCAUCAUGAAUCGACGUCUCUGCUGUAUCCUGGUGGCUCUCUCCUGGCUGGGGGGAUUUAUUCAUUCUAUAAUACAAGUAGCUCUCAUUGUUCGACUUCCCUUCUGUGGGCCCAAUGAGUUAGACAGUUACUUCUGUGACAUCACGCAGGUAGUCCGUAUCGCCUGUACCAAUACCUUCCCAGAGGAGUUAGUGAUGAUUUUUAGCAGUGGUCUAAUCUCUGUGGUAUGUUUCAUUGCUCUCCUAAUGUCCUAUGCCUUCCUCCUGGCAAUGCUGAAGAAACACUCAGGCUCAGGUGAGAGUACCAGCCGAGCCAUGUCCACCUGCUAUUCCCACAUCACCAUUGUGGUGUUUAUGUUUGGGCCUUCCAUCUACAUUUAUGCUCGACCCUUUGACUCUUUUUCCCUAGAUAAGGUGGUGUCUGUGUUCCAUACUGUGAUAUUCCCUUUACUUAAUCCCAUUAUCUACACCUUGAGAAAUAAGGAAGUAAAGACAGCCAUGAGGAAGUUGGUCAACAGAUAUAUUUUAUGCAAAGAGAAUUGA